AUGAGGUCUCCCACAGGAGAGAAGCCAUAUUUUUGUGAAACGUGUGGUAAAAGCUUCAAACAAAGUUCUUAUUUAACUGUGCACAUAAGGACUCACACAGGUGAGAGGCCAUACUCUUGUGAAACGUGUGAGAAGACCUUCAGACCUAGAUCUGAUUUAAAUGUCCACAUGAGGUGUCAUACAGGUGAGAAGCCGUAUUCUUGUGAAAUGUGUGGUAAAAUAUUCAAAACAAGGUUUUUAUUAACUAACCAUGUGAGGAUUCACACAGGUGAGAAGCCAUUUCCUUGUGAAAUGUGUGGUAAAACCUUCAAAACAAGAUAUGAAUUAAAUGUCCACAUGAGGGUUCAUACAGGUGAGAAGCCCUAUUCUUGUGAAACGUGUGGUAAAACAUUCAAAACAAGAUUUGAAUUAAUUAACCACAUGAGGACUCAUUCAGGUGAGGCACCCUAUUCUUGUGAAACGUGUGGUAAAAUCUUGAGUAAAAGAUUUCAUGUAAUUGACCACAUGAGGAUUCACACAGGUGAGAAGCCGUAUUCUUGUGAAAUAUGCGGUCAAACCUUUAGGCAAAGUGGUCAAUUAAUUGUCCCCAUGAGGAUUAAUAUGAAGAAGCGAAAUUCCAUGUUUCAAGAGCCAGCUUCCAUAACCAGCAUCAGCGACACAGCGGCUCAGUGGUUCGCGCUGAUGUCUCCCUGCGAAGGGUUCGAGUCCAGCUUGGGCCUUUCCGGGUGUGCAUACGAGGGAAAAUGGAGGAGGCAGCUAGUCCUCACAGACAGACACAGGCAGGACCGACACAAUCAGGUCCUCGAGCCCUCCUGA